AAUGACAGGGAACUAAUGCCGACAUCAAAUUAUACAAAACUUAGUGAAAGUAUCAGAAAGUCGACAAAUCAACAACUUUUAUGUAAUAUGUUUUGCGGCGGAAAAAAAUGCAAAUAUGAAUUGUCUAACCAUUGGACUGAUCAACAAAAAGCCAUACCAGGAGUUUAUUCACAUUGGAUUACCGAUGAUAUACUAGCAAUGGCCAGACCUAACACUGAUGUUAUCGAAAAAUAUGAUUUAAUUAAAUACUUUCACAAACAUAAAAUAAAAUCAAUAAUCAAUUUACAAGAACCUGGUGAACAUUCAUCGUGUGGUAUCGGAUUAAAUAAAAGUGGUUUCUCCUAUGAUCCGGCUACUUUUAUGGAUAAUAAAGUUUAUUUUUACAAUUUUCAAUGGAAAGACUAUUCAAUUGUGUCCAAUGAUGUCCUAUUAGAUAUGGUUAAAGUGCUAACAUUUGCACUGUCCGAGGGAAAGACAGCCAUCCAUUGUCACGCGGGUCUCGGCCGUACCGGUGUCCUCAUAGCCUCGUAUUUGGUGUUUACACUCCGGUGCAAACCAUACGAUGCUAUCAAACAUGUCAGAUCAAAGAGACCAAAUUCAAUACAAACCAGAGGACAGAUACUAUGUGUUAUCCAAUUCUCGCAAUAUGUCGUUCCCCUGUUUGUCGUCUAUCAGCACAUAAUUGAUCGACAAAUUGGAUUGAAUUUAUCAGAAAUUAUUCACAAACAGAGAUUACUAUUACAUGGAUAUGAAUUAAGACAUUUAAAAUAUAUACCAAAAUUAAUAUAUAUGGUAUGCGAAAGACUAUUGAAACUAUGCGGAAGACACAGAGCUUACUCUCCCGGUGUUGUCGGCAAAGUGGACACCAAUGUUGUUGGCAUUAGCUAUCAAUUGGACAAAACCGAAAGCUUUUGCAAUCACUUCUUUGCCAAUACUGUCCAAUCAAAACAACAGAUAAGACACGAUAGACGGCGACAUCAACACCAGCAGCAGCAGCCGCGGGGUCGGCCGUGGCGGCCCGAGUCUAACAAUACGGCAACAAUGACAUCGGGUAUCGCCAGUCCGGAUACCGAUCAAACUGAUAUUACCGAAGUCGACAGUCUGUUGUUGGAUGAAAGAUAUGGUGGGAAAACUGUAUCGUCGGAUCGCAAAUCCGUUGCAGUGGUCUCCACCACCACCACCACCGCCGCCGCCGCCGCCGCCAUAACUAAUGGUAAAAAAUCGUCGGCAAUGGUUAAUGGAUCAAAAUCUGGACCAACGUUUGCAACACUCGAGCCGGACAUACUGUCGUCGAUCAGUGCACCGAUGCAUCAGAUAAAUGCUGUCGGAUUGGAAACACCGAUGAAAAAGUUUAUCUAUUCCUCCACAUCGGCCAACAACAGCACCAGUAGUUCAAUGAGUAACAGCGAUACCGAUGAACCAAUUGAUAGUUCAAUGUCCGAAAGUAUAACAUCGCUGAUCGAGAGUCUGGCCUACGGUGUCAUCAAAAUCGAUUCAAACCAAAUGGUUUACGAAGAAAAAGUUUUUAAACUAUUGAAUAGUAAUCAUAAUUUGAUUGACAAAAAUCAGUACCAAAAUCACUACAAUAAUGAUGAUGAAGACAAUGACGAAGAGUUGUACGAUGAAAGGGAUCUGUUUAGCGAUUCCGAUGAUAGCGAUGCGGACAUCAAUGUCGCGGCCGUCACCGCCGCCGCCGUCGCCAAUGGUGAUGAUGACCAGUCGUUGGAUGCCAAGUGUAGUUCGGGUUUUAUGUCGGCCAACAAUUUUGUCGGCAAUGACAGCGACAGCGAUGAUAACGAUGUCGACGGCGACGAUUGCCAGACAUUAGAUGUCGAUGUAGUGGUCAAAGCACUUCUCACCGAUUAUAAGACAUUUGAUAAUCCAUUGAAAAAUGCAUUAAUUUUAUAUCAGAAAGAGUUGAAUACUCGGCCAAACUGUUGGGACAAAGUCUCCGCCGAAACCAACGUCAAUAUACUAGCGGCCCUUCUCUGGUCAUUCAUCGACUCGUUACCCGAACCCGUACUCAACAAGACAUGUCUGUGCUAUUUGGUACUCAAAGCUGAGAAACCAUUGGACGCACUGACCAAACUGGAACAGUCAAUCCGAUUUACAGUUGAAUAUCUUAUGAGAUUUAUGGCCCGCUUAGCACCCGGUGAUAGUGAUGAUCGUUCACUGAUGGUCGACCUAUUGUUGAAGCACCUGAUGGCCCGACUAACCCGACAAAAGCUUAAGCUGUCCGAUAGUGAUCAACAGUCGGUACCCGAAAAUGUAAUGUUUUAA